UAGCUGGCUUUUGGCGUCCUCUAGCGGCGACCCGAAAGCGACACGUCUCUACUUGCCAGUGGUCCGUUCCGAACCUCCAAAAUGUGGCUUAAAAUAUUAUCCAGACUCACCGAAUUCAAACCUUUGAGGGUGACUCCCUGCAGGUUGACUUCCAACGGCGGGCUGACGGUAGAACACGAUCGACAGAACCGGCGCUUCGUCGUUUCCCCGUGUAGCGGGACCGGAGUCAGCGAGAGUGCCAUACUCAUCUACAGAUUCACAUCGCCUAAUGAGGUGGAUCUAGUGUCCACCUUUGUCCCGGAGGCUUGUCGAGGUCAAGGGGUGGCCGCACUCCUGUCAAAGGCUGCCAUUUACUUUGUGCUGGAGGAGAAGCUGAAGGCUCGCGUGUCCUGCUGGUACAUCAAGAAGUACAUGGAGGAUCACCCUCACCAUCACAAUUAUAAAGAGAUUCGAAUCAGAUGACGCAGUGGUCAAGUAUUGUUGGCCUGAGAAAUAGAGCAAUCAAAUUUAAGUUGUAUCCGAAUAGAUUAAUAUAUGAGUAAUUGUGCAUAAGCGUUCAUUUUUUUUAUUAUUCAUUUCUUUCUUGAUUAGCUUUCUACAAUGCUUCUCUUUUGUGUGUACAUUUUCUUAAAAUCGCAGAAUGAUGUUUCAAAAUAUAAAUAAAUAAAUUGCACAAAUAAA